AUGUUCCUGCCACUGCAGUUGCUUUUGGCCUUCCAGGCUCGCGCGCACAUUGUUCCUCCCACUUCUGCAAACACAUCUCCUGUUGGCAUUGUCUCUAAAGACAUCGCAGGCGCCGAUGCGCUCGACGAAGUUGUGGCUGCCAUGGGUGGUGUGGAAGCCUUGAAUAAGAUCGACUCCUUCACCUACCACGCAAAUGAUAUUUACCGAAGCGCAACUUUGACUCAGACAUACAAUCUUUACUCGUUGGAUCAGUCCGUUGCCUCUGCAGGCUCCCAAAUUAUAUCAUUUGAGGGCAAUGGCACAAUGCUCAAGUCGCGCAUCGAUCGCGCAUACAUAUACAACGAGUAUUGGACCUGGGCAUUUCCUGAUCUACAACCAGGAGUGAACAUGUCGCUCAUUGUGCGUGACGAUGCCGACCAGUACGCCUGCUUUGUUCAGGGCCAGAACAACUUCUUUUCACCGAAUCUUACAUUCGCCCAAGGUUAUGCUGACGCAUACCUGACCGACUACCUCAUCCACCAGACUCAUCAAUUUGCGAUACCGUGGAUGGUACAAAGAUUCAUGUCUGAUAAAGCAAAAGUUCAAGCAUACGAAGUUUGGGAUCCCUACAGCUCCGCCAUGUACAUCGCCAUUACGCAUGGCCAGCUCAACCUUACCAUCCUCGUCGAUAAUACGACGAACCUACCACACGCUAUCAGAUCGACCGAGGACCAUCAAAUUUACGGCCCGUCGACGAGCGACCUGGUCCUCACGGGAUAUUCAAACGUAUCUAUCGGCGAUGACGCGUACUUUGCUCUCCCCCAUCGCUUGCAGACCAUCUACAACUCUCGAUACGUCCUUGAGGAUAUCCUUGUAGACACCAUCACAAUUAAUGAUCGAUAUCCGGACUCAUUUUUUGAUGGUCGUGCACCACUUCCCAACCCGGAGGACCAAUCUCAGAGCGGAGGUAUGACACCAGCCAAGCCUAUACAGAGCCCUGAGUAUCCUCGUUCGGAAGUCCACGAGUUCUUCGAGACUGGUCUCUGGGGUGGACCAUUUGGCGAUUUUUUCAAUGCCACCGAUGUUGUCGUAGAGUAUCCGGACCCUACAUUCACAAAGAUUAUGUACAUCUAUGUGGGCUUUCCGGACUAUGUUCAGCUCCUCGUUGAGCAUACCGAUGGGUUCAUCAUUACGGACGCCCCAGCUCAUAGAUCGACGAUCAUUCUGGAGUGGUUGCAACAGUUCAGACCGGAUAAAAUCAUUACGCACGUCGUUCCGAGUCAUCAUCAUCGCGACCAUGCCGGUGGUGUCGGCGAUUAUGUCGGGGCUGGCGCGACGCUGGUCGUACCAAAGGUCGCGAAGGACUUCUACAACCAGACUGGUCAGCAACUUAAGAUAGCACUUUACGAUGCCGAAAACCCAUUCGUGCUUCGUGACGAUGAAGUGGAAUUCCGUUCUUUCUGGAAGGAAAACAAUCCGCACGCGGAGGACUGGUCUUUCGCUGUUGCAACAAGAGCGCAGCCAAAAGACGGCGACGUGUUCGCCCUCUUCAACGCCGACGUUGUAAAUCCAGGAACAGAAGCCCUGCGAUGGGAUACUGGGUCAGCAAGGGAUUUCUUGAUCGAGGCUGUUCGCGCAAACGUUCCUCGGUCAGCCAUUCUCGUGGGCGCCCACGGUUCCACCAACAAUGCCACAAGCACUUGUCAGGCGCUCGUUGAAAUAGCUCGGAUUGUGGGCUUUGAUUAUCCAUCUUUGAAUUCAGCAGACUGGGUGAGAGCACAAUGA